UAAUCCUCCACUGAAAUGUAUGUUAAGGGUAAUCUAUGUGAGGACCACUGUAUAUUGCAGCAUUCUAAUAGAAUCUGUGUCAUCACGCUGGCAGAAGCUCAUCCUCUUCUUCAAAAUGGAAAAACAAUUAAGAAUAUUAAUUACCAAAUCAGUGCUAACUGUAGUAGACUUCAAAAUAAGGUCUCUGGAAAAUCAAAGCGGGGAGCUCAGUUUCUAACAGAACUUGCCCCUUUGUGCAGAAUAUCUUGUUCAGAUGGAGAAGAAUAUACUGUAUAUAGUUGUAUAAGAGGGCGGCUAAUGGAAGUUAAUGAAAAUAUCCUGGAAAAUCCAUCUAUUCUGCAAGAAAAGCCAUCAACUGAGGGAUACAUUGCAGUUGUACUACCCAAAUUUGAAGAAAGCAAGACCGUAACUCAAGGACUUCUGACACAGAAGGAAUAUGAAGAAGUUUUGUUAAAACGUUUUAAUUCCACUUCAUGAAGCUCUCUUUUUAAUUGAAUACAUAAAUACCUGAACUACGCUGUAAGUAGCUUCAGAAUUAGGUAUUGCAUAGAUAACACUUGAUAUCAUCUACUUCCAGUAUAUCCCAUAAUGCAAGAAUUGUAACAUGAGUAGUAAAAUUGUAUAGACUCAAUGUAGGGAACUUGAAAUUAAGUUAUUUCAUUUUUAUGGGUUGUUUAAUGUAUUUUAAAAGAGUAAACAGUCAUUUACUUUCAUACAGAAAUAAACCAUUUAAACAUU